ACCAGCCAUAACAUUUCGCGAUCCUCACGCAUCGUCCCGCUUUCCGUUGCUGCUGCGGGUGAUAGCUGCUGGUCGUUGUGGGCCGGCCGUCUCGAUCUCCUCGUUUACUCCCCUUUGUUUUGUCUGAUCCAUCUCUCUCUCCCUGUCCUACUUCCUCCUGGGGCCUUUACGUACCUCCUCUCUCUUAUGCCCCGCCGGUCCUAAGCGCCAGCGCUACGCCCAGAUCUAGACGGUCGUCCUCAGUGCACGACCACCUUGAGCUGAAUCCCGCUGCUGAUAGCCUUCCGAACUCUUACAUUGAGUCCGGUCAGCAAUUGACAGCAUUAAAUUCCAUUCAGUCGUGUCGUUUCCUGCAGAGGUGCUGCAAAGCAAAGCUACCCGGUCCACCAUGUCGCUAUCCCCAGAAGCCCGCGAUCAAUACAUUCCGAUCAUUGAUUCAAUUCUGGCCAAAAGCGAUUUGACUACCAUCUCCUCGAAAACUAUUCGCAACGGCCUUCAGGAUGAGAUCGGCUAUGAUCUUACCCCGCAUAAGCUUGCCAUCAAGCAGCUUAUCAUGGAGCGCUUCGACGUCUGUGCGGCACAGAAGGGCAUUCAAACCGCAUCGGAGACACCAGCGACAUCUGCUUCCACCAAUGGCCAUGGGAAAGACCACGACUCGGUGACUCCUGUUGAGCCGUCCUCUCCGGCUCAAUCUUCCAUGUCGCAGAAACGCCAAGCGGAGAGUGAAGAGCGCUCGGACACUUCAAGCAAGACUCCUCCUAUCAAGAAGAAGAAGCCCGACAAUGAUAUCGAUGCGGAUGCCUUGUUCGCAGCCAAACUCCAGGCCGAGGAAAACAUGCGUGCGCGCCAAACCCGCGGGGCCAGUACACGCAGAAGCCAGCCCGUGAAGAAGAAGCAGCCUACCAAAGCGAAGACGUCCAAGAAAGUGAAGGCUGAGGAUGAUUCGGAACUGGAAUCGGGCUCGGACUCAGGAAAGAAGGUCAACAGAUCUGGCGGGUUUCACAAACCCCUGAAUCUUUCCCCAGCGCUUUCGGCUUUGUUGGACGGCGAGGUGACGCUCUCGCGACCGCAGACAGUGAAGCGGCUUUGGCAAUACAUCCACGAGCAUGAUCUUCAGGAUCCCAAUGACCGGCGACAAAUUCGCUGUGACGACGCGAUGCGUGCCGUGUUCAAGCAAGAUCGCAUACACAUGUUCACGAUGACUAAAAUCCUCAGCCAGAACUUCAACGCCGGCUUAUCACCCCUCCGCCGAAAUUCGCUGUCUGGUCGCACAGGCUCACCAAAGCGCGACGCGCUUCUCCUCCUAAGAGAGCAAAUUCUGGGCACUGUUCUCCAAACAUCAUCCUCGCUGAUCACUCCGAGUAACCGCCCCUCAAUCUUUCCACGUUUCCAAUGUCCGAAUCCCAGCCCGCCCAAGCUCCCGGAGCGCAAGGCCAAGGCCGGGGCGGCCGUCGACGAGGCCGCGGAGGAGGCUUUGGAGCUGCUCGCCAACCGGGACACACCGAUGGUCACCAUCACCAUUCUCAUGAUGGCGCUGGAAGGGGUGCAAGAUCUAGGGGCCAGGGACCCCGUCGCGGAGGCGGCGGCGGAGGACGGGACAAGCAGAAUCGCUCGGGGAACAAGUCGGAGGCUGCUGCUGAAGGUGGACAGGGUGAUGCGAAUGUUCCGACAGCGUCAGAAGGCAAGGGGAAGCAGCCUGUCACGACAGAAGAGUCUGAUGAUGACGAUGACGGCGAAGUCUGCUUCAUUUGUGCUUCGAAGGUCGACCACACCUCGGUCUCGCCGUGUAAUCACCGGACUUGUCAUAUUUACGGAAUCCAACUAUGUUAUCUUCACGGAUGACCAUGCCAAGCGCUAUGAGGAUUUCAAGGACUCCGAUUUCUCGCAGAUGGACGAAAACCUAGGGAUCAAGUACGAGAACAACGAUAUCUUCGAAGACACAGUACUGUUGUUGCGGUACAAUUGCCCGGAUAGAGGUUGUGAUGUAGCUUGCUUGGGAUGGCCUGACCUGCAUCGUCACGUCAAAAGCAAGCAUGGCAGGGUGAUGUGUGAUCUUUGCACGCGGAACAAGAAAGUGUUCACGCACGAACAUGAGCUCUUCACCAAUGCAGAGUUGCGCAAGCACGAGAAGCAUGGAGAUGACGUGCCUGGUGCCAUAGACCAGAGUGGAUUCAGAGGUCAUCCUGAGUGUGGUUUCUGCCGGCAACGGUUCUAUGGUGAUGACGAAUUAUACGCACAUUGUCGUGACCGUCACGAAAGAUGCCACAUUUGUGACCGUCGCUCCGGCGGCCGCCAACAACAGUACUACAUCGACUACAACGCUCUCGAAGACCACUUCCAGAAAGAUCACUUCCUCUGUCUCGACCGCGAGUGUCUUGAGAAGAAGUUCGUCGUCUUCGAGUCCCAGAUGGAUCUCAAGGCACAUCAACUUGAGUGUCAUCCCAACGGCCUAUCUAAGGACGCCAGACGCGACGCUCGCACCGUUGACUUGUCAACCUUCGAUUACAGAACUCCUUACCAACCUCAGCGCCAGCGUCGCGGUGCUGGUCGUGGACGCGAUCCUAACGCGGAGCCUCUGCCUGUAUCCAGCGCUCAGCCCUUGAGAAGAGACGAGGUUGCGUAUCAACGACAAAUGGCUAUCCAGAGUGCCCAAUCCGUCUCGACCCGCAGCUUCGGCGGCCAACUAACACGCAACGACACUCAGCCUGUGCGUGCUCCGGCUCGUCCUACACCCGCCCAGACCCCUCCCGCAUCCACACCAGUUGCCGAGAUGGAGAACCUCAAUCUCAGCGCAGACUCGGCCUCCGUUACUCCUCAAGAGAAAGCCCGCCGUCUCCGCCAUGCAGCCGUCGUUGAAAGAGCCUCGAACCUCCUAGGCAACGACCAGAACAAGCUCAAGGAAUUCCGUGCCCGAGUUUCCAGCUACCGCACCUCCUCCAUUUCCGCCACCGAACUCAUUGACGCCUUCUUUUCACUCUUCGAUACCUCCAGCACCGAACUGGGCAAACUCAUUAAAGAGCUCGCCGAGAUUUACGAAGACGAAGGCAAGCGCAACGCGCUCCUCAAAGCCUGGAACGACUGGCGUGCCAUCAAUGAAGACUACCCGGCUCUGCCCGGCCCCGGCGGUAUGCUCCCUGGCAUGUCCCCAGGAACCGUGAACGGCAGCGGAGCGGGCGGAAAGCGUGUCCUGCGCCUCAAAUCCUCAACAGCCCAGUCCUCCCGUUCCUACGUCGGCAGAAGCGGCGCCAUGCCUUCUUCAUCCACCUCUUCCUCCGCCGCCAACCCCUUCCCUCCUCUCUCCUCGACCACCGCCCGCUCUACCCCCCGAACCUCCAAGCCCGCCGCCACUACCCCCUGGGGCGCCGCCGCCGCUGCAGCUCCCUCGGCCCCUACCUCUGCCUUCAGCAGCGCCACCUCUUCCCGCUCCGCCUCGCGCGCCCCGGCCCGCCCAGUCAACGCCACCAGCUCCGAAGCCUUCCCUGCUCUCCCUGCUGCUCCCAAGCCCAACGUCCUCAUGGCAGGUCUGACUCGCGGCACCGUCCGCUGGGAAGAUCGUAACAAGCCAACCGCGAACGCCUGGGCUUCUCGUAACGACGCCGGUGCUAGCUCGUCCAAUGCAGAGGAUGACUUCCCUGAGUUCCCUGCUGGAGGCAAAAAGGGCAAGAACAAGAAGGGGAAGCAGACUCUGUUCCACUUCGGAUGAUGAUGACGAUGCAUACCCCACUACUCUACUGUUUCUUUUUUCCUUUUUAUUUUCUUUUCUUUCGCCUUACACAUGUGACGUGGGUUUGUGUCUAUGCAUCGUCGGUUCUGGGUCCUACGUUCGUUGAUGAUGUCGUUGCUUGUUCAGCUUGUAUUUGAGCGAAAAUGGUCUUUUACUUCUAGAGUUGCUUGCGCGUGAGGUAAAUAAAAGCUAGUGGGAUGGUUUCUUUUCAUUUCUUUUCCGUUGCUGUAGGGGGCGGGUGGAGAUAGGUACAUUUCAGUCUGGGGUUGGAAAUAUGGGG